ACCACCCUAAUAUCUACAGUAAUUAAAUCGAAAGCCAUGGAAUCCCAAAACAAAGGGCUCGGAGCAACAAAGCUCGUUCUUGCUCUAACCCAUAUAUGGAACCACACAUUCAGCUUCAUAAACUCCAUGUGUCUCAAGUCAGCUAUCGAACUCAACAUUCCAGAAAUCAUUCAUAAGCAUGGCAAGCCCGUGCCUCUUCCCCUUCUCGUCUCUUCCCUGCAAAUCCAACCUUGUAAAUCUCCAAACAUUCAUCGUUUAAUGCGACUCCUCACCCAUUUCGGAUUCUUCUCUCUCCAGAAACUUGUAGAAACUGAUGAUGACACUUCAGAACAAGGCUAUGUCCUAACUGAUUCAUCCACCCUCCUUCUCAAGGACCACCCCUUGAGCGCAACCCCUUUCUUCCUCGCCAUGCUUGAUCCUGUCCUGAAAAAGCCCUGGUAUGAGAUGACCAACUGGUUCCAAAGUGACAAUCCCACUUCAUUUCACACAGCUCAUGGGAAGACGUUUUGGGAGUUUGCCAACGUUGACCCUGUUUUUAAUCACUUUUUCAAUGAAGCCAUGGCUAGUGAUGCGACAUUGGUGAUAAGUGUGGUGGUUGAUGAGUGUAAAGGGGUGUUUAAUGGAAUAAAGUCGUUGGUAGAUGUUGGGGGUGGCACAGGGACUGUGUCUAAGGCCAUUGCCAAAGCUUUUCCAGAGAUACAGUGUACUGUGUUUGAUCUGCCGCAUGUUGUUGAUGGCCUGCAAGGUACUAGGAAUCUCAAGUUUGUCGGAGGGAACAUGUUCGAGGCCAUUCCUCCUUCAGAUGCCAUAUUGUUGAAGUGGGUACUGCAUGAUUGGAACGACGAGGAGUGCCUGAAAAUUCUGAAGAAAUGUAAGGAGGGAAUUGCGAGGAAAGGGAAAGCAGGAAAGGUGAUAAUAAUAGACAUGAUAAUGGAGAAUGAGAAGGCAGAUAUGAUCCGUGACAUAUCAACUGAGAAUCAACUGUUUUUUGAUAUGCUGAUGAUGGUCUUGCUUGCGGGAAAAGAGAGGAGUGAGAAAGAAUGGGCCAAAUUAAUAUGCUCGGCGGGUUUUAGCGACUACAAGAUUUAUCCCAUUCUAGGUCCACGAUCUCUCAUAGAGGUUUAUCCAUAACAAAUUCUCUCGUAUUUUGAACUAAUACUAAUUAAUUAGCUUCUAAGAAGCAGAUGAAGGUCAAUAUGCAUGUAUGGCUUUUGCAGUCUGUAUUAUAUAUUAAUGAUGUCUCUGCGUGUUUGAUGUGA